AUGGGCGCUUUCCGACCAAGCGUGAACCCCGGCGAGGUUGUUGAUCAAUUGCACGGCUCGCCACAGAUUGAAGAAAUCACAGAUAAGUCUGGAGGCAACCAGUUUGAUACCAACAUCCCAAACCUCACGGACAAUGAACUUUUAGAUCCAAUUUCCACCGCUACAGGCACGACUCCCACAAACAACACGUCCAAUGGUUUAUACCCUUUUCCUAUAUCAGAUGUGCCCUCUUUGGGCGAUGAGUCCAACACCGGAGACCAUAUUCCGCAUACACCUGUCGUCACGUCACCGCAACCGUCCAUUUCCAUCAAAUCAGAUGCACGGCAUAUUAACCCGUAUGCAAACGGUAUCAACGGAAAUAACUACAUGAUUUCGAGGUACAACCCCCCUGCGUCAUUGCCGUACUAUGAUAGUCCCCAAUUACCGUCUGGAACGACCAAUUCGAACGUGAAAUCUUUGCAAUUCAAGAAACCCAAACCUAAGAAGCUUCAGAACCAGAUGUCGGGACCUCCAAAACGGCCCGCUUUUGUCAUGAAGUUAUGGAACAUGGUCAAUGAUCCUUCCAACUCUAAAUACAUCUCGUGGCUACCUGACGGAAAGGCCUUCCAGGUGAGCGACAGAGAAAGCUUUAUGAGACAUGUGUUGCCCAAGUACUUCAAACACAAUAACUUUGCUUCCUUUGUGAGACAGCUGAACAUGUAUGGCUGGCACAAAAUUCAGGACGUCAACUCAGGGUCCCUUGUUCAGGGUGAAGAAGUUUGGCAAUUCGAGAAUCCAAACUUCAUCAAGGGCAAGGAGAACCUAUUGGAUAACAUCGUUAGAAAUCGGUCUUCCAAAGAGGAAGACGACGACAUCGACAUUAACACCUUGCUGAUGGAGCUGGAGUCGAUGAAGCAGAAACAGAGGAUGAUUGCUGACGACCUGAGUAGACUCGUUCAGGACAACGAGCUACUAUGGAAAGAGAAUUACAUGGCUAGAGAAAGACACAAGGCUCAAUCGGAGACUCUUGACAAGAUCUUGCGAUUCCUUGUCACCUUGUAUGGUGGGUCAUCCAAGUUUCUGGAAAGUGCAGGAGGAGCUCCCAGCGAGUUUCUCGAGAUGGCCUCAAAAAGAGACGCACAGGAACAGCAACACCAUCCGCAUGGACCAGAUUUCGAUAUCCAGCAGCAGAUGCACCAGCAGCCUAGCUCGUACUACCAGCCUCAAAAUGGAAACAGCAGGUUGAUGCUGACUCACAGAGCACACAAUAAUGGGUCCAAGUCGACCUCGAGAGAUACAUCCAGCAGCCAGAGCAUUCACAACGGUUCUGAUGCCAGCGACUCGCCGAUCCAGGAGAUUCGUAGAGGACCCGAGAACCAGAACAGCGAACAGCUCGACGGCUAUAAGCCGUAUCCACUCCAAGGAACGCCGCAAUUCCAACAUCCGUUACCGAACUUCCAGUCGCCUGUUUCAAUGGCCAAUUCGCCUCGUUCUUACUUCCCCGAGAUCAGCCCGCAAGUGCCGCAAUCCUCCGUUCCCGCCACGCCAUCCGCGCUGUCCUCUGCAACUCCUUUGCAACAAGACACAGAUUCUCACAUGCCUCCUGAAUAUCUCAUGGGAAACAUCAACCAGCAGCUGAACAAGCAGCAGAGCUCGAUCCGGCAGAUAAACGACUGGAUCUCGCGGCUGGCCAGUUCAAAACUUCCUGACGAGAUCAACGCUAAUCAACAGCCACUUAUGGAUGAUUUUAGAAUGGACGAUUUUUUACUUCCGCAGACCCCGAACGGCGGUGUCGAUCCGUCUUUGAACACUGACGACAACUUUGGUGAGAUCUACAACCCUUCUCAGCAAGAGUCCAACGAAUCCUACACAGACUCCGCGUCUUCGCGGGCCAGCACGUUUUCAAGCAAAAAGAGAAGAGACAGUUCGCCGUCUUCAGAGGACAAGAAGAGGAUUAAACAAGUUUAA